AUGGGAAAGGGUUUGAGAAACCGCCGAGAAUGUAAUCCUCCGGGAUGCAUGUUUGGGAUACUUCAUCAUUUAAAUCAACAACAUCGGUGGCAUCAAGUCAGGAAACGCCUCCCAUACAUAAAGCAGGCUGGUGGAAAGCAUAUCGUUGCGACAGGAGAUCGUGGGAGUAAUGCAACUGCAACUGAUUCUUCUAACAUUCCAGAAAAAAUAGAAGUCAAAUCGGAUGAUUCCCCUAUUGUAGCAAAAACAGCAGCCGCUCAGCACAAAAGUUCAAUAAAGUCUCGUUUAAAAACUUUGAUCACAAAAGAGAUACUAUCUGGAAAAAGAGUCCAACAUCGCCGAACUGUGUCCUGUCCUAUUAGAAUGCCAGUGGAACAAACUGCUCCUAUUCGUUAUCUAGGUCCUGCAAAUGUAGAUCAUUCUCCAAAAAAUCGUUUAAAUGACAAGAUUUUGCAGCAGCCUCAGAAUAAGUAUUCUUCCGUUGCUAGUUUGUUAGAUCCACCCCUGCCGGAGAAAAGAAAGGUUGCUGUUACCAACAACAACCCAUGUGAGUUGUGUGCUGCUAUGAAUCAUUUAAAGAAAUGUAAUACUAACAAGAACGGGAAGCAACCAAUUACUACAAACUUCACUCUUCGUCGUACACAAUCACUUUAUUUUAGUGAGCGGACUAAAAAUGUGUCAGUUGAAGAGUCGAAGCUAUUUUUGGAUGCUCUUGAUUUACUAAACAUGAGAGAGGAGUUGUUCCUUCAAAUAUUACAGGACCCGAAUUCUUCAUUAGCACAUCAGUUACAUGGUACAUGUGCAUCCAAAGGCUUAACCAAGUCCGUGUCAUUUCCUUCCCGCCUCUCACUGGAAAAAAUUGCCUCCAGGUCAAGCAAUAAGAGCAGUCAAGAUAAGUCACAAAUUAGAGGUGAAUUCUUGGGGGUUGCUAGAUUUGAAUCUGCAGAAAAGUUGAAUAGACAUUUAGUAAAUAGGAACGAGGAGGAAGUCGCAAAAGGUGUGCUGACAAGACGUGAAUCAUUUGAUAAGGUCCCUCCGAGUUCACCUGCUGCGCUCAAACACAAGCGCCACAAUAGUAAACUUGUACUAGCACGUUUCAGGAACUUGAAGGAUAAAAUAACACAUGCUCUUAAGGAGAGCCGUAAGGAGAAGCAUCGGAUUGUUAUGGACGCUGUCCUUCAUAAGGUUCCACACGGCCGUAGGUCAUCCAAGGAUGUUAAACCAGAUGGACAUGACGGAUACUUUGCAGAAAGUACCGGUAAAAUUGCUCACUGUCAUCCUCCAUUUAGCAAAAACCGGAUGAAAUCCUUUAAAAGAACACCAUCGCUCAAUGACUCGUUAGACAGUUAUAGUAGAUUACUUGAAUCCUGCUUUAGUAGGGACGAAAAACAGAACAGCUCUGAAAGGUCGAGUUUGAGAGCAUCUAGAUCACCUUCACCAGCUAGAAGUAGGCCAAUAGUCCUGGAGAGGAUUCUUUCUUUACCUGAUCUUAGGCAUUACCCUUCUUUCCGUAUUGAGGACACUCCAGAAGCCAGUUAUUCAGAAACACUCGAUACAGCUGCGUCGACAGCAUCCAGCAGUAACUUAAAUUUAGUGGCUACCAGGUCCAAUGAACAGAAGUCCCUGGAUAUUCCUUUAGGUUCAGAAAAGAGAACGCAACAAGAUUCCUGUUCAAACUCCAAGAUUCCAGAAGAUUUUCUUGAUGUCAGUGAGAAUUCCGAUGACAUUGGUGGACUAAAGACAGAGGAGAACUCUAUUUCCGUUGAAUACAAUAUGGAGGACAAUUCAGCUACUAAUUCCACUUUGGAUAAACCGAUCUCAACUACUUUGCCUGAUAUGAUAAUUCAAGAAGCUAGUACCAUUCCAGCAGAUCUCUCAGCAACGGAAGGUAUAGCAGAAAAUGCAUUUGAUACCAAUGAAGAAGAAAUUCUAGUUGAUGAACAGACGACAAGUCUAUUGCAAAUUCAGGUGGACGAAAAAAAUAAAGCUGAAUUCAAUUAUGUUAAAGAUGUACUGAACCUAUCAGGCUUUAGCGGAAAUGAAUUUAUGAACCUUUCAAUAUUUGAGGAACUGGGAGGAUGUUUUCUUUCUCAACCCGACUGUUCAGGAUACGCUGAAGAAAGUGGAAACUAUGAUCAACUUCUUCUGUUUGAUUUAAUCAAUGAGGUCUUACUACAACUUUACGAGAAAUCAUCAUUAUACUGGCCAAAGGCAUUAACGUCUCGUUCUUAUAUCCAUCCAAUGCUACAUGUUGGCUACCAUCUGCUUGAGGAGGUGUGGAAAGAUAUAAGCUGGUGGCUCAGUUUCGAACUGGAGAAUGAUCAAUCACUACUUGAUGAUGCUGCGAGUCGUGAUCUAGAAAAAGGGGACAAUUGGAUGAAUCUGCAAUUUGAUGCAGAAUGUGUUGGAUUGGAACUCGAGGAUCUCAUAUUAGAUGAUCUUUUAGACGAGCUAAUAUUCAUUGACGUUUAUUAA